AUUUCAAUGGAAGAAAAUUAGUAACUGCAAAAUCCAAACUCAUCCAAAUCCAGAGUGUGAGUUGUUGUUCAGAGAAGCUAAAGGAGAAGAUAAUGUUGAUAACAGUGAGACAAAUCUCUUCCUGUUUGUGCUCCACCACAUUUCCGAAUCACAAUUCUGUAUCCAAGAAACCUUCUUUUUCUGCAAAUCCGCACAAUUAUGUCUACAGAAGGUUUAAAAAAUCAAUUUGCAGAGCAACUCUCACUAUCCACAAGAACACCUCCACCAGCAACAACAAUCAAAGCUGCGAGAGUUCGUCUUUUGAUCCACUGGGUAUCGAUCCAGGUGGAUUCUCAGCUGUAAAAACUGCUUGGGAAAGUGUUUUACUAGUAUUUUAUCAAAUUUCUGAGGGCAACUCAGGCACACGGAAAGAGAAAGCUUCAUCCGCAAGAGGAGUGGCAGCUGCUAUCGAAGAUACUAGAAUUGAUGUUGGGGAUUUCUUCAAGGGUCCACUUCCUGGAAAAUUUCUCAAGCUUUUAGGCUUUCUUGCUCUAUCACGACUUGGUAUAUACAUACCUCUUGGUGGAGUCAAUCGAGAAGCUUUUGUUGGUAAUCUCGACCAGAACAGCCUCUUAGGCACUCUAGAUUCAUUUUCUGGAGGGGGUAUUGGUCGGCUUGGAAUAGGCUCCCUUGGCAUUGUGCCCUUUAUCAACGCGCAGAUUGUGUUUCAGCUUCUCACUCAAAUCUAUCCCAAAUUGCAAGAACUUCAGAAGCGAGAAGGUGAGGCUGGAAGAAAGAAGGUGCUGCAAUAUACUCGAUAUGCCUCUGUUGGCUUUGCAGUUGUGCAGGCGAUUGGACAAGUGUUGUAUCUUCGACCAUAUGUCAAUGACUUCAGCACUGAGUGGGCUCUCUCGUCCAUUAUUAUGCUGACUCUAGGCUCGGUUUUGACCACCUAUAUUGGGGAAAGAAUUACCGAUUUAAAACUUGGAAAUGGUACAUCACUAUUGAUCUUCACAAAUAUCAUAUCCUAUUUACCGGCAUCGUUUGGGAGAACAGUUGCGGAAGCAUUUAAAGACGGUAACUAUGCUGGACUAGUUGGCAUCAUUGUCUCCUUCUCUUUGCUGGUCCUUAGCAUUGUAUAUGUGCAGGAAGCAGAGAGGAAAAUCCCAAUUAAUUAUGCCUCAAGAUAUGCAAGCGGAGCCGGAGGACUUCAAAAGUCUGCUUACUUACCCUUUAAGGUGAAUAGUUCAGGAGUGAUGCCCAUCAUCUUCUCUACUUCGUCCUUGGCUCUUCCAGGAACUAUAGCACGAUUUACGGGUCUGAAUUUUCUAAAGAAGGCUGCUGUAGGUUUGAACCCUGGGGGUUCUCUGUACUUGCCAACAAACAUUUUGUUAAUAGCAUUCUUCAAUUACUACUACACCUUCCUGCAACUGGACCCCGACGAUGUCAGUGAACAGCUGAAGAGGCAAGGUGCUUCUAUCCCGCUUGUCCGACCUGGAAAAAGUACUGCUCUUUUCAUCAAAACGGUACUGAGCAGAAUAUCAGUUCUGGGUUCUGCAUUCUUGGCUAUUCUUGCUGCUGGUCCUGCUGUCAUUGAGCAGGCAACACAUCUUACAGCUUUUAGGGGUUUUGCGGGCACGUCUGUCCUCAUCCUCGUUGGUUGCGCCACUGAUACAGCUAGAAAAGUUGAGGCCGAGAUCAUUUCCCAGAAGUACAAGACCAUAGAGUUCUACGACAACGACAAAUAUUGAGACAAAUGCGCUACUUGUAAUUGAUGCAUGAAGCCUUGUUCUAUGUUCACUGAUUAACAAGACAUCUUGUAAUAACCAUUUCCGAUUAUAUUAUACCAAAUGUUUCUACAUUCAAA